AUGCUGGCCCUGCUCUUGCUCUGCUGGUUUGCAGGGGUCGUCACUUCAGCCGUCGAUACCUGUUUAGCCGUGCAGCGUGAGCCUAAGUUGCCUCAAUGCCAAGCUCUGAGCUCGAGGCAUCACGCCGAACAUCAAAGGCUUCUACACAGCAUAAGCCGUAGUCAUGGCAGAUGGAACAACAAGCAUCCACGAUGGGCUAUUCUCGAAGCUCUUCAUGGCUAUGACCGAUAUCGGGAAAUUGCUGGGGCUGAGAUAGAUCGAUUCGAGGAUCUGUACAAGCAUGUGCCGAAAAAGCACAAGAAAAUCUUGGAGUCGACCAUCCAAUACCAGAACAACUUCCAAGAAGCAAGGACCCUCCUAGACCACAACGCCAAAACAUGCCAAGCCAUCGUCGAGAACGGCCUCGCCCUCUACAACAUCACCCGCGCAGAACUCAACACCUUCAUCACCGAAUCCGACAACGUCGAAAAGAAGCACCGCGACAACAAACACCGCGUCCUGCGCACCCACACCUCCCACGCCCUGAAGCACGUAGUCCGAGACUGGUCCCGCGACUCCCACGCCGAAAGACAAGCAACAUUCCCCUACAUCCUGGAUUGCCUCAGCCACCACCUUGACCUAACGCAGCCCACCAACAUCCUCAUCCCCGGCGCAGGUCUCGGCCGCUUAGCUCAUGAAAUUUCCCACCUCUCACCAACCGUCACUACAACCUCCAACGAAAAGGACGCAUACAUGAACCUCGCAUACCAUUACCUCACCUCGCCCACGCACUCCUCCCCAUCAAGUCUGAACUUCUCCCUACACCCCUACCUCGAAUCCUGGUCCCACGCCCGCUCUCGCGCAUCCCUCUACCGCUCCGUCCAAAUCCCCGACUCCCACCUCUCCUUAAACGCUCCCAACCUCCUCGUCGAAGGCGACUUCACCACCGCUUUCUCGUACCAACCGGCAACCUACGACGCAGUCGUGACGCUCUUCUUCAUCGACACAGCGCGGAAUCUGGUGCAGUACUUCGAGACGAUCGCGGAGCUUCUGAAACCUGGGGGUUUGUGGGUGAAUGUGGGCCCGCUGCUUUACGGGAGUGCGCCGUUUGUGCAGUUGAGUCUUGACGAAGUGUUGCUGGUGGCGAGGGAGAUGGGGCUUGAGGUGGAGUAUCGUGCUGAGAGAGAGGUUAUGUAUGAUUUUGGGGCGGGGAAUAUGCAUAGGAAUGGGUAUGUGGCGCAGUAUUGGGUUGCUAGGAAGGUUAGUGGGGAGGCGGAGAAGGGGAAGGGGUGGUGGAGUUGA